AUGGAUAAACUAAACGCACAAAAAGGUGUGAAAAUAGCCGUAGGUGCUGUUGUCUGUGUUGAAAGUGAAAUCAGAGGCGAUGUAACAAUAGGUCCCAGGACUGUGGUUCACCCGAAAGCACGGAUCAUUGCAGAAGCAGGACCUAUCGUUAUUGGUGAAGGCAAUUUGAUUGAAGAGCAGGCACUUAUUAUAAAUGGUUAUCCAGAAAAUAUUACUCCAGAUUCUGAAUUUGAACCAAAGACGAUGACCAUUGGGAUCAAUAAUGUUUUCGAAGUGGGAUGCACAUCCCAAGCUCUGAAAAUUGGAGAUAAUAAUGUCAUCGAAUCAAAAGCUGAAGUUGGUAGAAAUGUGAUUCUGACCAGCGGCUGCAUUAUUGGAGCCUUCUGCAGAGUCAACACGUGUGAGGUCAUCCCUGAAAACACCGUUAUCUACGGCUCCGGGUGCAUGAGGAGGGUGCAGACGGAGAGGCCACAGCCUCAAACUCUACAACUGGACUUUUUGAUGAAGAUUUUACCUAACUACCAUCAUCUGAAGAAGACUGUCAAAUCAGGUCAUAAUCCCAGCUAG